AUGCAGCUGGGCCGAAUGGACACCGUCUGUGCCCAUUGUGGAGCGCUGCGCUGGCGUGCCGAGCCCGCAGGCGCCUGUUGCCAUCAGGGCAAGGUGCAGCUUGACUUCCAUCCCCCGCCGCCGGACGAGAUGGUGGAGCUGAUGACCCCCGGCACGGCGUUCUAUGACGAGUUUCGGGGCAAAAUUCGCGCUUACAACACGGCCUUCCAGCUGGCCAGUAUGGGGUGCAACGUCGUCCGACACGACGGGGCGUAUCACGCGGCUUUCACCGUUCAGGGUAGCGUGUGUCAUCGUAUGGGAUCUCUACUGCCCGCUCGCGGCGGCGAGGAGCAGUUCAUGCAGGUGUAUUUCCUCGACGCAGACGAGGCCACCGCGCGACGUGCCACCAUGUGUGGCGGCCUCGACAGAGCCGUUCUCGACAUCCUUUUGGGCAUGCUGCACGAGCACAACAACUACGUGCGUGCGCUCCAGCCGGCUCUGCUGAUGGCGCGCGGUGUGCCGAACUGCCGGAUCGUGUUGUCGGCCGAACACCGGCCGCUGUCGGAGCACGAGCGCCGGUUCAAUCUACCGAUCGGUCGCGAAGUGGCGGUCCUGAUGCCCAAUGAGAUGGGGGGCCGGCGCGACAUCGUCGUUCGCGAGCGCGGCGGACAACUGUUCCGCAUCGACGAACUGAGCCGCCAGUACGACCCGCUGCUCUAUGUGCUGCUGCACCCGCGCGGCACGGACGGGUGGUCGCUCGAGCUGAAGGCCGAGCGCGGCGUCACAAUCCGUCAGUAUGGUGCGUUCCACAUGCGCUUCCGACCGGGUCAUUUCAAUCUCAUUCCGCGAGGGGGCCGGCUGUUUCAACAGUACCUGGUGGACACUGAGGCAAAAGCUGAGUCGAGUCGUCUGUCGUAUGUGCGCGCGAACCAGGACGGCUUCAACGGCUUCCGCGCCGAGACCAUCCGCGGCGUGCGAGACGCGCUGGCUGACGGCGAGGAGCACGGCCGAGCCGUCGGACGGCGCGUGGUGCUGCCGGCAUCCGUAACGAGUAGUCCGCGCUUCAUGAUGGCCAAACUACAAGACGCUCUCUGCUACGUUCGAGACUUUGGCGCCGCCGACUUUUUCAUCACCGUGACGUGCAACCCGGCCUGGCCAGAGAUUGAGCAAACUCUGCGCACCCUCUACCCGGGAGAGAGGCCGGGCGACUACGAUCGGCCGUGCGACCACCCUGACGUUGUCAGUCAGGUGUUUGACCUCAAGCUGCAGGCGCUGCUGAAGCAGCUGCGGGGCGGCAUCCUGGGUCGACAGCGGGCCAUUCUGCACACGAUUGAGUGGCAGAAGCGUGGCCUGCCGCACGCUCACCUUCUGCUGUGGGUCGUGCCCGCCGACAAACCUCGCGCCGAAGACGUGGACACGUGCGUGUGCGCUGAGCUGCCAGAUCCCGAGACCGAUCCGGAACUGCACGCGAUCGUCUGCACCAAGAUGGUGCAUGGUCCGUGCGGCGCGCUGAACCCGCAGGCGGUCUGCAUGAAGGACGGCCGCUGUAGCGUCGGCUAUCCGCGCCCGUAUCUGGAGGCCACAGAGCUGCCAGAGCGCAGCUAUCCCAAGUACAGGCGGCGCGCGCCGGAGGACGGCGGUCAACGUGCGCGGACGCCCGGACGGCGCGGUGUGGAAAUCGACAACCGCUGGAUCGUUCCCUACAAUCCGCACAUCCUUCGCGCGCUGGACUCACACGUCAACGUCGAGCUGAUCACGCACGCGAUGGGAGCGAUCCGCUACUGCAUCAAGUACGUCACCAAGGGCUCGGAUAGGAUCAUGUUCGCCGUGCAGCCCGACGGCGUGGUUGACGAGGUGACCCAGUAUCAGAACAGCCGGUACCUGGGAUCCAUGGAGGCAGCGUGGCGGCUGCUCGACCGACCAGUCCACGUCCAUCAUCCGCCGGUCCAGCGGCUGCAGCUGCAUCUCGGUGACGACGAGAGACGUGUCGUGUUCCGCGGCGACGAAAACCUGGAAGCGGUCAUCGCGGGCGAGCAGGCUAAUCCAUCCAUGCUCACAGCCUUCUUUGAGCUGUGCCAGCGUGACGCGUUCGCGGCGACACUCCUCUACCCAGAGGUGCCGCGAUACUACACGUGGCAGGUGCGACGCGGCCGGGGCGCAGACGCCCGUCCGGCCCACUGGAAACGCCGCGUCCGUGGCCAGCCUCACCCCGAGGUGCCGGGCGUGGUUGCCUCUGAGACUCUGUCGCGCGUGUACACCACGACGCCGCGCGCGGGCGAAGUUUUCUUUCUUCGCCUGCUCCUUCACAGCGUCCGAGGCGCCUAUUACGGUAUGGAGGCGGUGCCGGCGUCGCUGCUCAAGUACUGUGAGAAGGCCGACGAAGCGGUCACCAUGGGUGAGCAGCUUCUGGAUCUGCUGGAGCAGCAGCCGGACCGCUAG